UGUGCUGUGAUUGGCUGUUCGCAGCCAUCAAUCCCACAGGUGAGUGAGGCUUCGGUUUGGGGUUGUGGGCAGGUCGGCCUCAGGCUGAUUGUUUGGUUUUAGGUUUUGGGGUUUAGUUUCAGCCUCUCUGACCACCAACAACUGCUCUCUGCACCUCACACACACGACACAAGGUUUUUAUGGCUUCAAACAGUCUGUUCAGCAGCACCAGCCCGAUGCUUUACUGGGAUCCUGUGGUGAAGCAUCAGCCAACGCCAUUGCCCACCAACCGCCACCCGGACGACCAUGAUGCGAAGUCCCGCCUCCAGCGCAGCACAGCGCCACCCAGAGGCCUGAUGCAGACCGACAGCCCGAACUUCCUCUGCAGCAGCCUGCCGCAGCACUGGAGGUGCAACAAGACGCUGCCGAGAGCCUUCACGGUGGUUGCCGUGGGCAACGACGUACCGGAUGGCGUGGUUGUCACAGUGAUGGCUGGCAACGACGACAACAACAGCGCCGAGCUACGCAACGCCACGGCGACCAUGAAGCAAGGCUACGCCCACUUCAAUGACCUUCGCUUCAUAGGCCGCAGUGGGAGAGGCAAGAGCUUCACACUCUCCAUCAACGUGCUGACGUCGCCGCCUCAGAUCGCCACCGUGCACAGAGCCAUCAAGGUCACGGUGGACGGACAGCGGCUGCCGAGACGACAGAGGCAGAAGGACCGAAAGUUGGGAGUUUUCCGGUUACCUAGCAACAGCACUGCAUCAUCGGAUCUUAGAUCGUUUUCCUCUCGGUGGACUAAUGAGCCGUCGUUGCUGGCCUCUUCCUUUACUCCGAGUCCCAGAAUGCACCACCUGCCUGCCCUCGCCUACUCCACCCAGCCCACAGGGUACACCUCCUUCCUGUCCGCUCCUCCUCCCCCCCCUCUGAGCCACAGUGGUCCGUUCCAGCCGAGCAGCUUCUACUACGGGCCGAGCCAAACGUACCAAACCGCGGGGGAGGAGCGCAACGUCGUCACAACUCUGGCCAAUUACAUUGAAGGGGCGUGUCUCCCCAUGAGAGGGGAGGAGCCCGUAUGGAGGCCUUAUUGAUGACUGGGACUUUUAUAAGAAAAAAGGUGUUGUUUGUUUUCCUUAGUUUUCAUGUGUUUAUUUAUCGCAUUGUUGAGGUUCUAUUUAUUUAUAGUUCAAUAUGUUCUGGUUGUUAUUUUACCUUUCAGGAUUUGAACAUUAGUUUGCUGUACAAUAAAGUCUUUAUUGGAGAAA